AUGACGCACUACAAAUCUCAUCUUAUCGGCAAAAACUUCAUUUCUGUCAGCGUUGACGGUUGUGCUUGGAAUGAUUCUUGCAAAUCUGUUAAGGCCAUGGAUCUGCAAAACCAACGUCUCUGCCCAGCACAUGUAAAAACCGUUGCAUUGAGUCGGAUCGAGCUGAGGAAAAUAGAAGAAGAUCGGACAAUAAGAUGCUAUCGAAAAAAUCAAAUACAAGGAUCUCAAGUGAAGGUCUCCGUAAAAAAACAUUUGGUGAAUAAUGAAAAAGAUGAGGUGUCGCCAUCGCCACAAAAUGACAACGGAUGUGUAUUUGCCUGUAGCAAAGAUGAAAAUUCAGAUACAUCCCUUCCGACAUACAAUAAUGCUUUUCCGGACAAGCUUCACAUAGAAAAUCUUCCCGGUUAUUUUAAUCUCGACAGAGAGCAGGAAUGGGACGAAUCCAAGAACUUGAGAUCUGUGGUAUCUGGAUCUGAAUCUCGAUGA